AUGAUGAUGAUUUUUAACUUUGAUUUUGUUAAUGGUAGACAGGAGUUUACAGAAGAAAUCCCGUUUCAGAAGAAUUGCAAGGAACCUAAGUGUAGAUAUGAUCUUUCUCUCUUUGCUUCUGUUCUAGAAAAUGAAGCUGAAGGUUUUAUUAUUGGUAAAUACGGGAGGCUGACACUAGAAAUAAUGAUAAACCAUGAGAGUGGUGAGCCGGCCUAUAGACCUAGAUUAAAUAUCAGGUUUCCUAAAUCAUUGGAGCUAAUUAGAGAUAUCAGCAGUUGUAGCUUAAAGGAACUAGAAGAUAGUAAACUGUUGGUUUGUAAUCUAGCUGUUGUUUAUCUAGGAACUAGUAGAUAG